AUGAACACUGAUGUCCCCAGCAGUACCGGCGGCGGUGGCUUGCGCUCCCCCGAGUACGUCCACCGUCGUCCGACCGUGGCCUCUCAAUGGCCCGUCGACGUCGACCUUGACGCGCUCUACGUGUCCGAACGCCUCGAAGUCGACGAGAUCGUCCGGAGUGCCUCGGACUUGAGCGUCUGGACCGUCGAAACCCGUCGGGACUGUACGACCGUGUACCUCCACUCGAAAAACAGUGAACGACUGUCGUACUCGGUGCGCGCCGAGACCCGCGUCUCGGGCUCCGUCGCGGACGUGCUCGAGUGUCUCCGCGCCGUGGACAACUCGAGUCUGCGCGAGUUCCAGAAAUUAUUGCACCCACGGAAUUUUCUGGACGGUGAAGUGUUGUACGCACACCAGGCCGACGCCGCGUGCGUCCAAGACGGUGCCUCCAUCGAGUCCAUGACGCUCAAGUGGCUCGUGUACUCGUCGCCCAAGACACUUGGGCGGUCCAAAGAGUUCUGUAUUCGCGAGUACAGCGUGCUCUUGCCCAACCAUCCCGUGCACGGCAACGUCGGCGUCGUGAAGUUCGAAUCGUACGACGGCGCAGCUGCCCGUUACGGCAUUCGGGGCAAGCCCGAUGCGUACAGUUUAACGGUGUUCGAACCCAGUUCGUACGUGGUGCAGCAGACGCGGGAAGACCCGAGCAUGGUGACCGUGACCUUGACUUUCGCCAUGCGCAAAGCUCGAGGCGGCGAGAGCAUUUCUGCAGGCGUGCGGCUCACGUCGUUGAGACUGGCAGGUGGCCUCAAUGGCAUGCAGACAGCGGUGCAGCAAGCGCUGUUUGCCCCCGCAGCGCUCGCGCAUCGACAAGAGUGGGUCAAUGAUGCCAAGCGCACCAACUGCUCGCUCUGUGUCCAGUCUUUUGGCAUGUUGAAACGCCGUCACCAUUGUCGCAUUUGCGGCGAAGUCGUGUGCUCGGCCUGCACGGUGUUCAAAAUGGUGAAAGGGGACCAAGAAGUGGCGGCAAAAGUGCGCGUGUGCAAAGCUUGUUUGGCGAAAGGGGGCAGCUCGAGCGGCAGCAACACGCUGUUUGGCAGCACGAUGAUUGGCGGCAGUUUGAGCGCUGGGAGCACGAUGGUUGGUGGCUACUUGACGGCAUCGUCGGGUCGGCGAGCGAGUAGCAUGAGCACGGACUCGGACAUGAAUGGCAGUGCUGGCACGACGCCCGUGCCGAAUGGAUUGGGUGUGGUUGGCACGAGCAUUGGGAGCACGAGUUCCUUGACGUCGAACGAGUCACACAGUCCGUCGAAUGACGACCCGGCGUCGACGACGCCACCACCGGCGUUGGUGUUCAAUAAGGGCUCAGCGCUGUCGCUGAAUGACUUUGACGCGAAUGUGCAAAUGGCUGACGAGGCUGGUACAAGCAGUCCACCGCCUCUCCAUAAACGAACGUCAACAGCAUCCAGUCAAGGGUGGGGAACGGGCUAUGAAGACAGAUCGGUCAGUACAAUAAGUCGAACGGCAUCUGAUGCUAGUAUUACCAGUAGCAGGAAGAAGGCCUCGGAUCGUCGCAUCCAUUAUUUCAACGAGGAUAUGGAGGAGAUCUGUAUGCUAGCGAUGGAGACAUUGACUUGCCCCAUGGCCGGCAUUCGCACGGAAGAUUUCGAGCUCGUGAGGUACUAUGACGGUAAGCCGGCACCGGGUUUGCCUCGAAGUUUGCCGACGUUCCGGCGACUAGCAACUCGUGGCAAGCCGUGCAUUGUGCUCGACGUGAGCUCGGACAAGCGGAUUUCCGGUGAAAAACGUUUCACAGCCAAGCUACAGUUCUUCGUCGGCAUUCCGUUGCUGGUUAAUGGCAUCGUCGUGGGCGACCUGUGCGUAGCAGAUCGUCAUGCACGGGACAAUAUCGAUCAUAAGCAGGUGGAGGUGCUCAAUGUGCUGGGCGAGACAGUUACGCAAUAUAUGCAGUCGGACGAGUAUCAGGAGGAUUUGAUGGAGUUUAAAGCGGCAACAAGUGUGGUGCGCAGACAGCCGUCGACUGGUUCAUCCUCUCAACCAGUAGAAGACGAUGGUGGUGGUUGUAGCGCUCCGCUUGGAGAUACCAAGGAAGUUGCGUUUUGA